AUGGUUCUCGCGGCCCUGGCCUUCGGCCACGCGCAAGGUCUGAAGUCCCAGUACCCAAUGUUCGAAUCGUGCGCCGCCAGCCCGCUCCUCCCGGACUCUCACAUCGCCUGCGGCAAAGGCGCCGUCUUGGCGCCGGAGACACCGGCCCUCGCCAGGCUCGUGACCAACGGAACCACCAAGCCGCCGCCGAAACAGAAGAAGAAGGACAUCUGGCGUACAGACGAGGGCUGGCAUGGCCCUCACGCCUGCGCCGGCGUCUACUGCAGCUACUCGCGCCCGUCGUUCGCCGGCGGCCGCGGCAUCGUGCUGGUGACCACCCCGUUCAGCGCCGAGGAGGCCUCGCGCCUGCCCGCCUUCGCCGCCGAGUCCAUCACAGGCGAGGGCGACGGCGAGCUGUUCAGCGUCGUUGAGGUGCCCGGCAAGGGCCUCGGCCUCGUCGCCAACCAGCCCAUCCGGCGCGGGCAGCGGAUCAUGGCCCACCCGCCGGCGGUCGUCGUCCACCGCCGGUUCGUCGACGACGUCGAGCCGGAGGACCAGUACCGCGUGUUCGAGGACGCCGUCACGCGCCUCCCCGAGCCGGCGCGGGCGGUGUUCAUGGCGCAGAUGGGCCAGGCGGCGGCCCACCAUUCCACGGGACAGACGGUGCACGACAUCAUGCACACCAACUCGUUCGAGCUGGGCCUCAAGAUCAGGGACGGCCAUCACUUUGGCAACUAUCCCGAAGUGUCGCGGUUCAAUCACGACUGCAGGCCCAACGUCGCGUUCUACAUUGACGACUCGGACCUGCGUCACUACACGCACGCGGUCCGGGACAUCCGGCCCGGCGAGGAGCUCACCAUCUCGUACGUCGACUCGCUCACCGCCCGCGUCGUCCGGCAGGACCGCGCGCGGCGCAACUGGGGCUUCGGCUGCGGCUGCGCGCACUGCAGCCUCCCGGAGCCGUUCGUGCGCGCGUCGGACCAGCGCCUCGUGCGCAUGUGGGAGAUUGAGCAGCAGCUCAGCCACUGGAACGGCGAGGCGGUCGACGAGGACAUGAUCGAGCGGCUGGUCGGGCUGUACCGGCAGGAGCGGCUGGACCAGUCGCACGGCGCCGACGCGUUCCGGCUGGCCGCGCUGAACUACAACUCGCUGGGGAUGGAGGCGCAGGCGCUCGAGUACGCGAGGCUCGCCGAGGAGCAGCUGCUGCUCGAGAGGGGGCCGGGGGCGAGGCAGGUCGACGACAUGAGGGACCUGAUGCAGGACCCGAAAGCGCAUUACAGCUGGCGGCGGAGGGUGUAG